UUCCCCCCCCCCCGCUGGUAUCUUCUAACAAAUAUUACUUUUCUGUCCACUGUCACUCAUUGAGCUCGGGGUUCUCCAAGAGACAAUAACCUGUGGUACGGCUGAGAGAAAGCGAGUGAGUGCGCCUUCAUCAUGGAUCUUAUGCCCUCCAUGCUAGGGGACAAUUCACACCUAAUGCCUGAACCAGAGAUCCAGAUCUUCGAGCAGCCCAAGCAGAGGGGAAUGCGCUUCAGGUACAAGUGUGAGGGUCGCUCGGCUGGAAGCAUCCCCGGCGAGAAGAGCUCCGACAACAACAGGACCUACCCCAGUCUGCAGAUCCUUAAUUACUGCGGUAAAGGGAAGGUGCGUGUCUACUUGGUGACCAAGAACGAGCCGUACCGACCACAUCCACACGACCUGGUGGGGAAGGACUGUAAAGACGGAUUCUAUGAGGCUGAGUUUGGUCCAGACCGCAGAGUGAUCGCUUUCCAGAAUCUGGGGAUCCAGUGUGUGAGAAGGAGGGAAGUUAAAGAUGCGAUCGUCCAGAGAAUUACCAGAGGGAUCAACCCCUUCAAUGUGCCACGUGAGCAGCUGCUGCAAACAGAGGAGUACGACUUGAACGUGGUUCGCCUGUGCAUCCAGGUUUUCCUGCAGGACGAGAACGGCCACUGCACCCGACCGCUCAGCCCCAUCGUCACCAACCCCAUCUACGACAACAGGGCCCCGAACACAGCCGAGCUGAGGAUCUGUCGGGUCAACAGGAACAGUGGCACUGUUAAGGGAGGGGAUGAGAUCUUCUUACUGUGUGACAAAGUGCAGAAAGAUGACAUUGAGGUGCGAUUCUUCUCCCCUGACGGCUGGGAGGCCAAAGGCUCCUUCUCCCAGGCCGAUGUUCAUCGCCAAGUAGCUAUCGUCUUCAAGACUCCGUCCUACUAUAACACCUCCAUAACAGAGUCGGUCACUGUGCAAAUGCAGUUGCGGCGACCUUCUGAUCAGGAAGUCAGUGAACCGAUGGAUUUCAGAUAUCUGCCCGACGACAAAGAUCCUUAUGGCUACAAUGAGAAGAAGCGCAGGAGAGAGAACUUGAUGAGGAUAUCAGGAUUGUCAGGCAGUCCUUUUGCUGGUCUGGCUAUGAACAGGCCAAAAGCAGUGCCACAGAGUACCAUGAGUCACAUGCGGAAAGAUCCCAGCAACAUGUACAUGAGGCAACAGCCUACACCUAUGGUGCAGCAACAACCUGCUGUAUUCAACCAGCCUUACCAACCAAACACUCAGAACGUAAUGAUGACAUCACAGGCUCCUAAUGUACCAGUCAGCCAUUCAUGGGCAAAUCCCAACCCAGCACUCUCAAUGAAUACAGUCACCAUAAACCCGUCUGGUGUCAUGAGCAAUCUAUCCCGCCCUAAUAACAGCAGGCCACAGCAGCCAAACCGUGGAUCUGGUUACCCCCACAGAGUGGAGCACAGCAGCUUUGAGAAUAACACCCUCCCUCAGCUCUCCAUGAGGGACUUGCAGUGCUUGGAUACAGCCCCCCAGGCCACCGGAAUGAUCCAGUCAGAGUCCCAGCAGACCUUCCACAUGCAGCACCAAAGUGGGGAGCUCGCCUCUGAGACCCCGGUCCAGAACCAUUUUGGCAACCAGAACCAGGGUCUCCAGACUGUGUGGCCCAAUUUCACUACCCUCAGUCCAGCCCAGAACACCUUUAAUGGGUCAGUACCUGGAGGUGGAGGGGGGUCACAGGGGAUGGGCUCUUUCCCUUUCCUACAGGGAAUUGAAGGGGACGAUUUUCUGAAGGGCCUGGUGGAAGCAGGGUCUCAGACAGGCUUCCAGCUGAAGCAGGAGCCCCAGAUCACAGUGGAAGAGACCCGUGCUUCUCUCAUGCAGUCCCCAAGGGAAAGCCAAGAAAAUACUUACACCAACUUGCUUCCUCGUCCUAUGAGCAAUGGUACCAACAUGGAUCCAAUGAGGCCAGGCAGUAGUGGCAACACCCAGCCUCUUAAAAAUGUGCAAAACCCUUACUCAAACAGCAUGGCAACCGAAGGCCACUAUCCAACUUUGGCUGACUGGAUCAAAUCAACACAUCAAAACGACUAAAAGGAGUGACAUUUUUGUUAUCAAGUAAUAAACAGAAGCAGCUCCAAAGAAUACAUUGGUCUUGUUUAGACUUGUAAAGCCAGAAAUGCUUCACCCAUUCUGGCCUGGUAAGGCCCAGUGGGCAUUUGCUUGGGUUAUUACAUCAGUGGGCAUAAUUGGGCUUGUAAGUGGCACAACUGAUUACGUACUAGGUCCUUCUUUAGCAAAGACAUCACCAAGAAUGCUUCCUACACCUAAUUGGCCAAACGUGGCCCUUGGUGAGCUGUCAUUGCUCUUUGCUUCCCAUUAUUAUAUCUGGAAAAUCUGGACACCUUUCUUCUGAAAACUUUCAAUCAAAUUAGAUUUUUUUGUAAAUUUGAGACAAGAAAUAGAGCAUGCAGUGUCAGAACGUCGUCACAUUUUAUAUCAAGUAUGCCUUGUCCGAAUUUUAUGGUUUGAUUGGUUUAUGGUGUGAUUCUGUAGAGGUUCCAACCCAAUCCUGUACCCUCUAAAACAUUGUGGUGUUUCAAGAGGUGCCUAGUUACGUCGUCAUUGUAGUCACUCCCCCUAAUUCAGUUAUUGGUUCGGCUCCCAGCUGCUGGUGUCACGAUAACCUCAUCAAACAAAAUGCUGAUGGCUUCCAGGCUAAAGUUAAGAUUUAUGAAGACGUGAAUGUACUACUUUCUUUCUUUGUCUUUCUCAGGUGAAGUUGGAUUCACUGUCAAAAUACUGUAUAAAAAUCUAUGUUUUGUUUUUAUGUUUGACCUGCGUGGGGGGUGGGGGGACUUUGAAAAUAAAACAGAGGAAAAUGGCUUAUUAUCAUGGGUUUACUUUUUAUUGCUUUGUAAAGGAUUCUUACAUAUUUCACUGUUUUAUUGAUUUUCUUAGCAGAGUUGAGAGCACUCUGUACAUACAUGUUAGCCAUAGCUGAGAGUGAAAGCAAAUAACCAUGCUGAAACACUCAAAAACUGGCAAGGUACUGAAAUUUCCAUUGAGGAAGUGGAAGGAAGCACAUUCAGUGUUUCUUUCCUUUGUAAUGACUAUGUCAUACCAGUGAUCACAUGUGUUAAUUAGAGUUCUCAGAGCGUUCUGCCAGAUGUUUUAUAGAUACACAUGUCAAUUUUCUUUCAUUCAACUGAGGCUCUUACUGGUAGCCUCACAGAGCGUCUUGCUCGAGGACAUUGUGAUAGGAUACAUGGCUGAUGAUGAACAAACACUGGCUCUUUUGUGGGUUUCAAAUAAUGUGACCUGCACCAGCAGCCUAUAUUGCUCUGUCACCUCAAGCCUAGCUCAUUUGAGCGUUUUGGGUUUUUUGUGUUUUUGUGUUUUAAAUGAAAGUAAUUUGUAAUGUUUUAUAUUUUUGGAUGUAUUUUUUACCAGAUCAGUUCUUAAUAAACAAAGUAUGUCUUAUUCCAAA